AUAAGAGUCAUAGAGCGGAACUGUGAAAUUCCUCAUGAGGGGCCAUUUUGUGAUCUAAUGUGGAGUGAUCCUGAGGAUAUUGAAACAUGGGCAGUCAGUCCGCGUGGAGCUGGUUGGCUUUUUGGAUCUCGGGUUACAUCUGAGUUCAAUCACAUAAACAACCUUGAUCUUGUUUGUCGAGCACAUCAACUUGUACAAGAAGGCCUUAAAUACAUGUUCCAAGAUAAAGGCCUUGUAACUGUAUGGUCUGCACCUAAUUACUGCUACCGUUGUGGAAAUGUAGCUUCUAUUCUUAGUUUCAAUGAAAAUAUGGAGAGAGAAGUUAAGUUUUUCACUGAAACAGAGGAGAACAAUCAGAUGAGAGGGCCAAGGACAGGUGUUCCGUAUUUCUUAUAA